AUGGGUCGCCAUUCCUGUUGUUUAAAGCAAAAACUAAGAAAAGGAUUAUGGUCCCCUGAAGAAGAUGAGAAGCUUUUCCAUUACAUAACCAUCUUCGGUGUUGGUUGUUGGAGUUCAGUUCCCAAACUAGCAGGCUUGCAAAGAUGUGGAAAGAGUUGUAGAUUGAGAUGGAUAAACUACUUGAGACCUGAUUUGAAGAGAGGAAUGUUCUCACAACAAGAGGAGAAUCUUAUUAUCACUCUUCAUGAAGUACUUGGAAAUAGGUGGGCUCAAAUUGCAGCACAGUUACCAGGGAGAACAGAUAAUGAGAUAAAAAACUUUUGGAAUUCAUGUUUGAAGAAGAGGCUAAUGAAGCAAGGGAUUGAUCCAGCUACACAUAAGCCAUUCUUCAAUGAAUCACUUAUAAAGGAAGAGAAUCAAAAAUCAUCAAUGCUAAUGCCGGCACUGUCUCAACUGUCUCAACCUCAAAGAACUUUAUCUUCACAGGAUUAUUAUUCAGAAGCACUUCUAAUGAGUGAUCUGAAUAAUUAUCACUAUAAUAUUAAUGGUUUAGCUUUUACAGAAGCUUCAAGAAAAAUUCUCAUGAAUUCGAGUAAGCCAUUAUUUGAUCCGUUAUGCUAUAAUCUAAGUGUGAGCAAUUAUUAUCAGCCAAAGCUAAGAGAAUUUGAACAGAAUCUGUAUUUCGGAAAUGAUUCAAACUAUUUCUUCUCUUCAAUGCCUUGUCUAAAUAGUUCAGACAACAAUAACUCAGUUUCCAAGUUUAGUUCUCUUUUGGUGAAUGAAAACUCAAACAAUGGUUGUUCAACUAUGAUGAAUGAUUAUCUAGUGCGUGAAAUGAGCAGCAGCAUGAUUGAAAAUGCAGGUGGAUUAUUGUCAUGGGAAGGUGAGAACAAGGUUUUGGAUCCUUUGUUACAGUUUGAAGUCAAUGCAGUAAAAUGUGAAGAGUUGUUGAUCAACAAGACAAGUUCAUGGCAAGAAGGACAGUUUCUGACGAGUAAUGAUUCAAUAAAUUUUAGUACCUUUCCUUUAACGUCACUGUCAGAAGAUCUAAGUAAUGAAGCUAAUUUUGAUGUAUUUCACCAUUUAUGA